AUGAUCAGCAAACUAGACAGUGUGCUUCUGACCCAGAAGAAGUUCCUCUACCAUUAUAAGAACGUGCGUUGGGCAAAAGGUCGGCAUGAGACAUAUCUCUGCUUUGUGGUGAAGAGGAGGGUGGGACCGGACUCCAUGUCCUUCGAUUUUGGACACCUCCGCAAUCGAGCUGGCUGCCAUGUAGAGCUGCUGUUCCUGCGCUACCUGGGGGCCCUGUGUCCUGGACUGUGGGGCUACGGGGACACCGGAGACAGGAGGCUCAGUUACUCGGUCACCUGGUUCUGCUCCUGGUCUCCCUGCGCCAACUGCUCCUUCAGACUGGCCCAGUUCCUCCAAAGGACGCCCAACUUCCGCCUCAGGCUCUUUGUCUCCCGUCUGUACUUCUGUGACAUGGAGGACAGCAGUGAGAGGGACGGCCUGAGGUUGCUGAAAAACGCAGGGGUGCAGAUCACCGUCAUGAGCUACAAAGACUACUUCUAUUGCUGGCAGACUUUUGUGGCUCACAGAAAGAGCAGUUUCAAGGCCUGGGAUGGGCUGCACCAAAACACUGUUCGCUUGGCCCGGUUACUCAACCGCAUCCUCCAGCCUUGUGAGGCAGAGGAUUUGCGGGAUGCGUUCAAACUUCUCGGGUUUUGA